CACAGGCAAGCAUUGAUAAUUUAUAUUAGUGGUUGGAUGAUGACACAGUACCAGUUCAUUCAUAUUGCAUCAGAAGGAGUCAAUUUACCAUGCACCCAGAUCGAAGAGAUUAAAAAGAUUGAUGUCUGGCUAACAGUGGACGAAAAUUACAUGCUACUUGUUAACCACUUGAGCUAUGUAGGCGGUAACAAAACAUCAGCAAUAUUAAGGAGGAUUCUUGAAAAACUGUUUUCAAACAAACUUGCGGAAAUCUGUAAUUGGUCAGGCAAAAAUGGAAAACAUAAGCUACAAGAUCACCUUUUAAUUAAAGUUGUUACUGAAGCUCUCCGUCGGCACAAAGUCGCCGAAACGGCUACAGAAAACGAGAUAAAGACCGUGGUCAGCAACUGGUUCCGCUUCUGCAAAGAUAGAGAUGGAGGUCGAGAAAGCAGACGCAGGACAAUUGAGCCAACUUCUAUCCAGCAAUAAUCAACGUUACACAGGGCUGUCAACUAGAAAUAAGAAAAGACAUUUAGCCUUAAAGAUACAAGAAAUAUCUGUAGAGUUAAACGGGCUCAGUGGGGAAACUAGUCCACCUAAUCAACCAUAUACUGUAGAUGUCGGUAACAGUAAUUUUACUCGUGAAUCAAACUAUACAAAUAAUAUGCUCGGUGAC